CGCAGCGACAUCAAUCCUUGCCCUCCCCGCCCCCUCAGAAAGCCCCAAUGGCGUCGAAGAAGGACAUGCGGCGCGCCGACCUCAUCGUCCCCUACGCCGAGCCAGCAAAGGACAAGUCGGAGGGCGAUAUGGCGAGCACGAUGGCCAGCACGCUGCCGAUGGCUGCCAUCUUCACGCGGAAUAAGAUGGUUGGCUGGGUUGCUGUAGUCUUCGCUUUGCAAUCGUGGCUCGCCGAGAGCCCGGAGCAGAAGCGCACGUCUACCACGCCCGCGUACUUCUCCGUCGGCAUGGCUUUCAUGUCGCUGCUCGUGGGAUAUAUACCAUUAUUCCUCCCCCCGCCCCCCAAUCGCGGCGGGGCUGGUUCGGGUACAGAGGCACCACCCGCAGUGCCCCCUUCCUAAGUAGUUCGGAUACUUUCAGACUCUCGUCUUGUAAUGGUGAUCAAAGUGCCAGCGGAAAGCGGAAUCGUCACUCAGCGCAGUAGCGCGGCUAUUGGCUAUUUGCUUCGGCGUUAUUCAGCUGAUGCGCCUCCGCCGACGUCAAUUAGCCCGGAGAACGAACUGCUAAGAAUUCAUACAAGCUGGUUUACACAGGCCAAUCAUAAGACCGAAUCGUACAAUACCAUCCUUAAGAAC